GUACAAAUUGCAUGAAAAGUUACAGUAAAAGUUAGUCUGGUGCUGAAAAUGGACAGUUUAAGAAGUUAUAAAAUCAAACGGAUUAUUUUUCUAUUUGUGGUUUUCCAAGUACUUGAUCUCUCAUUGGCAAAACCACAUCCUCAUGCUGUUGCACAGGAAGAACCUGGAGAUUUUCGUGCUAAGCUUAAAGAAUUCUUCGACAAAUUUCGCCCACAAAGGCCUACCAAUGGAGACGAGAGUGCAGAGAAUGAUACUGGGAGUAUGAGGACCAUGAUAGGAACCGUGGAUUCGAAUCCCGAUGCAGGCGCAACUGAACCGGAAGCUGAAGCGGAUGCGAAUGAAGAUGCUGACCAAAGGGCAGAUCGUCGAGUCAUUAAGGAUGAACGACGCGAAGCGCGGGAGCAGCAGAAAAGAGGGAGAGGGAAAUAGAAUUAGGAUCAGCAGUAGUAGACAGCCUACCACCUAUGAGACCGAAAAGGCAAUUUGAAAUAAUUCUGUUUGCUGAACCUUAAAAGCUUGGAAAAAUUGGCACUGUAAAAUUUGGAUCUUUUUGGCAAGAAUUAAAAAAGGCAUUCCUAAACUA